AUGGAAGUCAGCAAGAGAAUGGAGAUGUUGGAGAGGAAGUCGUCCAUAGAUACAGAGCCUAUGACAUUACAUUUCGAUCAGAUAGAAAACGCUCGAGAAGAAGCAAUAUGUGUGAUAAAAACCAAGACAUUUCAAGAAGCUAUGGAUAUUUUUACUAAGGAGACGCAAGACAGUUUAAAGGCUCGUGAGGAGAAUAGAGAAAAAUAUGCAAACAAGAAGAAUGAUGAUGAUGAUGAAGAGGAAAGAUUAGUCUUUCUUAGUCCUCAUGGUUGGGACAUUGCGUCAGCUCCUUUUUAA